CACAUGUCACUCUAAUUGACUAUUAACCCAUUGAUUAAUAUAUAGUUAAUUAAUUAGGUAGCCUGAUUACUUACCCUUUUGUUUAGUUUAGUUAUUUUUGUUAUAUAAUGAACGAGUUCUUCUUAUUUCAUCAAACAAAAAUCAUCUUUUGUCCUUUGAACCAUUCCUUCUAUAGUAACCUCAGUUUAUCCCACCCAUACAUACAUACACCAGCCAAAUUCGAUGGAUUUAGUUCUUCUCAGUGAAACCAUUGAUGAUAUCCUUGAACAUAUACCUUCCCUUGAAACAACCAGCAGCUCAAGUAUUGAGGUGUCCAAAACCAACAUUGAAGGGCUCAAAAAAGCUCUUCAAAUAAUUCAACCAGUGCUCAAGAACCUACACCUCCAAGACAAGGAGGCUCUUGCCUCGCUACGGAACCUUAAGAAUGCCAUCAACGAUCUAACUGAUUUGUUGGAGGAACUCUCCACAGAUUAUGCUUUGCCUCAGCGGAGCAAACUCUCUUUCUUCAAAACCAUCAAUCCUCAUAAGGAUCGCCUCAAAGUCGUUAACACAAAAAUUAAGAAUGUCAUAGAGGUCCUCCAACAAGUUACAGAUGAAUUGAUCACCACAACCACAUUCAUGCCCACACCAUAUCAAGAAGCACAUGAGAAGAUUCAGGAUAUAGAGUUGGAACCAGAUACAGUUGGAAGACAAAAGGAAAAGAAGCAAAUUAUAGAUCAACUUAUGUCAUUCCACACAAAUACUGGGGCAAGUGAUGUUGUUCCUAUUCCUGUGGUUACCAUUGUUGGGUUCGCAGGAAUAGGGAAGAAACAACUCGUUCGUCUCAUUUGCCAGGAUAAGGAAGUAAAAGCUCACUUUGGCUUGAUAACUCGAGUUCGUGAUGUGAAAUCUUUUGAAAAAUGUGUUUCUGACAAGUCACUUAUGAACGGAAAACACUAUCUUGUUGUGAUGGAAGAUGUUGAAACUGAGAUUGGUGAGAAAGAUCUGAAGAUGUUGCAAGUGAUAUUAGCUGGUGGUGAGAGUGCAAUACUCGUAACCACAAGUAGUAAACUUGUGGCCAACAAUAUUACUGCUAUACUACGUAGCAAUAACAAUAUUGCCACUAGUUUUACCUCGUUUAGGCCACAUGUUUUGCAGGAGCUUGACGAAAGGGAAUCAUGGUCACUCUUUUGGAGGAUUCGUGGACCAAGUUCAAUUGAUAUCAUGGGGGAAAUAGAAUGGAAGAUUGUGAUGGAUUGUGGUGGAAUUCCGUUGUUGAUAAAAUUUGCAGCAGAGUUUCUGAACAAUCGCAGAGUUGCUAUAGAUGUAGACAAUUUGAGGGAGGAGUUUCUAAAAAAGCUUAAGUUUGAAUACUACGACAAACUUACAAGACUUCAUAAGAUGUGUUUUGCAUUUUGUUCAUUGUUUCCUCGUGAUCAUUUGAUUGAUGUCAAAAGAUUAAUUCAUCUUUUGAAAGCAGAAGGAUUUCUCAUGGAUGCAAAUAAUACAACCGUGGAAGAAAAUUUAAGCAGAUAUUUCAACGAUUUCCUUCGUAAGCCUAUUUUCACAUACAUUGAAGAAGACAUGUAUGGUGUUGUGAGAAAGCUUAGAAUGCAACCUUUAAUGCAUGAUCUAGCAUGUUUGGUAUCAGAUCAAGAAGAAAACAUUAAGGUAGAUCCAGAAGGGGAAAAAGUUUGCGAAGGAGUCUUGCGAGCAUCAUUUGGUUUCAGAUUCGAUGUUUCACGUGGAAUUCCACCUUCUUUGUAUGAAAAGGCAAAGAAACUGAAGGCUAUUCUCUUCUGGAAGAAACAAACGUUGCUUGCUAAGGAGGUAAAGAUGAGCUCUUCAAUUUGUGAUAAAAUCAUCAAAUACUUCAAGUCUACUCUCCGAAUGUUAGAUCUCCAUGACAUGGGAAUCAAAACAUUGCCCGCCUCUAUUGGGAAAAUGAACAGUCUAAGGUAUCUUAACCUUUCCUUUAAUAGUUUAGAGAAACUUCCUAGUUCAAUUACCAAGCUUUCCAAUUUGCAAACUUUGAAACUAUCCCAGUGUUAUCUCCUUAAGGAAUUACCCACAAAUAUUGAUGAACUAACCAACCUCAAUCAUCUUGAGAUUGAUGGAUGUUUGGCUCUCACUCAAAUGCCUAGAAAAAUACACAAUCUAAAUAAUUCUCUUCAAACACUGACAUCAUUUGUGGUUAGCAAGGGGUGCCACUUGGGUGGUCUUGGGGACCUUGCAAAACUCAACAACUUAAGAGACCACCUGGAAAUUUCCCAUCUUGAAAUAUCUGGUUUGAACCUUUCAAAGAAUGAUGAUUAUCUCAAAGGCAAAAAACACCUUCAACACCUUACAUUGAGAUGGGAUCACGAGGAUGGCGAGGAGGGAGAUAGUAGUACUAGAGACAUGACAACACUUGAAUGUCUUGAGCCUCACUCUGAACUGAGAGCAAUUUUCCUUGUAGGAUAUAAAGGUAAGACGCUUUCAACUUGGUUUUGUUCAAUGCAAUCCCUUGUUAAGUUAAGCCUACGCGACUGUACCGGUUGCAUAUAUCUACCACGACUUGAUCAACUUCCAAAGCUUAGAUUUCUCGAACUUUUAAGGUUGGACAAUCUGCAAUACAUUGUUAAAGAAAAUGGUGGUGACAAUGACAUAGACAAACAAGGUAUUGAGGUUUACUUUCCAUCCCUAGAGGAACUGACGAUCUUAGAUUGCCCUAACCUCAAAGGUUGGUGGGAAAAUGCAAAAACAGGAAAACAAUUACCAUUUUUUGCUUGCCUUUCGAAAUUGCACGUGUAUUAUUGUCCGAAACUAAUUUCGAUGCCCCUUUUCCCUGGUCUUGAUGAAGAGCUAGUCCUCGUGGGUUCAAGCGUGAAACCACUAAUAAAUUCAAUAGUUUAUAGCACAAGGUAUAAUCCAUUUUCCAAACUCAAAUACAUGAAAAUUUCCAGCAUCGAGGAGAGUGGAUCACCACCAGAGAGGUGGAUCAAAUACAUUAAUUCUCUUGAGAAACUUGACAUAAAAGAUUGGAAGCAUUUACAGUCUUUACCCAAAGGUUUUGGUAACCUUGCCUCACUCCAAAGUCUUAACAUUGAAAAUUGUCAAGAACUUGAUCUUGACCGCUCAUACAAUGAAUGGAAGGGUCUAAAAAACUUGUGUUCUCUCAUCAUAACAGAAAAUCCAAAACUCAGCUCUCUUCCAUUUGGUGUUGACAAAGUAACAUCUCUUCAAGUUCUUCAACUUCGCAAUUGUCCUCGAAUGACUUCUUUGCCUGAAACCAUAGACAACCUCAAAUCACUUGAAAAAUUGGUUAUUUCUGAAUGUGACAUGUUGGCUUCUCUUCCAAAAGCAUUGAUAAACAUGUUGUCUAUGCAUACUUUGAUCAUUUUGGACUGCACUUUGUUGUUGCCAAGGUGUCAGCCAGAUAUAGGUGAUGAUUGGCCACAAAUUGCUCGCAUACAAAACAAACAGAUUAUGAAAACUAAUCUAAACAUGUAGGUUGUUUUUAGGUUGCUCUUGUCUCAUAAAAGUUAAGGUUGAAAUUAAUUUUUACUAACUUAGUUCUUGUAAUGAAUCAUAUAUAUAGUUAAGGUUGUUUUUAUCAUUUUCAAGAUUUACUUUUACUUAUUCUCAUAAAAUAAAAUUUAAUGUACUCUCUUAUUUUUCCCAUAAUCAAUAACUAAUAAAAAUUCUUUUUUUUUGGGUUGCCUAAAAAUUCUUUUUACAUGUUCCUAAGAAACUUAUUUCCAAAAAAAACACAAAAAAUCAUAUUUCAAAUUAUCAGAUUAUUAAAACUUUUUUUUCAAAUUAUCAUAUUUAAUGAAUGUAGUUUUUAGGAGGAUUGAUUUUGUCAUCCAAAAAAGUUUAGCGACGCAGCUUGUUGCUCACUACCUUUUAUUUAUUAUCCAUUAUUAGGAUAUGGGACGGAGCCACGGAUGAAUUUGGAUCUGAACUUCAUCCUAAAUUAGUGUGAACACACGGAGUAAAGAGUAGCAUUAGCUGUACCAAUCUUAAAAUAUUUAUAAUCAGUGACUUAAUUAAAUAUGUUGACUGUACCAAUCUUAAAUUUUUUUAUAGGUCUUUGACUUAAUUUUUUUUAUAGCCUAUUUUUUUUUAACCAAUUUUAAAGUGAGCCUUAAACAACCUGUUUCUUCAAUAUUUUGUUUAAACAAAUCAGAUUCUAAUAGGAGCUGGUCAGUGGUUGGCCAUGUCUUAUUUUUGAAAACCAUGAUCAAUAAAUUUGCAGCA